UUGGGGCGAUCCCAACUGUGCGAGGCUAUCCAUGUACCACGGUGAACACUCACUUUCCGAUUCGUUUCAAAAAGGGUCCCGGUGAGUGCGAGCCCACAUCUUUGAGGUUUUUGACACCAUCCAAUCCAACAAUAACGGAUCAAAGUCAUUCAUACAAACUGUACGUAUUCUCAAACCCAAAUUUGGAACAGAUAAAAGGAUGAAUCUGUAGUGGCGCCGAAAUAGGAAAAGAAAAUGCGGUAAAUGGGUCAAAAGCAAAAGGGGGGGUGAAGGCGAUGAGAGGACGCAUUUCUCAAACAACAACACAGUCACAGACCCAAAUCAGCCAUAGAGAAAGCAAUGGUAUUCAGCAGCUUGAUCGUGUUAUCGGUCGCUCAUUUAUCGGCGGAUGCUUCGCAAUGCAUUGCUUGCUUCCCAGAUCGCCUCACCAGCCACCAACUUCUCUACCUUCUCUUCGGCUUCCCUCUUCAGCAACUCUCUCGCCUCGCCCUGUCUUUCUGGACCUUCUUCUGCGUCCCUCCCCCUGGUUCCUUCUACUAUUACUACUACUCCUCUGACUCCGAUGCCUCUUCCUUCUCCCUUUCUUACGUUUCUUCUUCCGAUUGACUUCUAUCUCUGGAUGAAAGUGGGGAGUUGCAGUUCCAUUCUGGCAUUUGUAUAGUUCUCACUUCUCAGCAAGUCUUGUGUGAACGUGAUUGUGAGAAAAGUAUCCAAGAGAGUCUUCACCAAUUCGGAUGCAGUGGUUGACGGCGUGUCUCACACUUCCAAGUUCCAACAUCUGCUGUUUCUGAAAAGUUUCAUUCAAUCGUGUACAGUACAUUAAGGCGUCAGGUUGCUUACCUUUUUUGGGUUGUAUCCAGGGAUUAGUAGCAGGGUGGCCAAGUUUGUACAUAUGGUUUUCUCCUACUCCGGGAAGGUGACAGUGAAAAUAUGAAAGUAGAGUGCCAGAAAUGUGUGUUUCACUUUCAGCCAGCUGACAUUAGAUUGACGUUCUUUGUGGAACAUUUUCAGAUUCCUGCUCGGGUUUUAGUGCUCCAAAUGUUCAAGGGUUGCCUCGCGAUGAAAUCAGUUUUCCAUCGGUCAGCAUGACACGACUGUUGUGUGGAUUUGAAAAAUGAUAGUGUUAGAUGGAUUGUAAGGAAUGCGAAUGAAUGUGUGAAUGCAAGUAGAAGUGUUUGAA